AUGUCACAAUUGGAGCCACCAGUCGCGUCCAACCAAGAUUUGUCACGAUCACUGAGUCAAGGUACAGACUUCUUUAAGAACGAAAGUGAAUCUGUCGAUCUAUUGCUUCGAGAAAUGAGUGCAGAUUUGGAGAGUAUGGCACCUCCAACCACAUUCGACCCGGGCCACAGGCGAAAUGAAAACAGCUUAUCAAUGUCGAUCAAUACUUCACCAACCAAACCACUAAAGUUUCCGAACCAACACACAUCUUCAAAGGAUCCAAACUCAAGUUCAGACACAUACGCCAGUGAUCAAGAUCAGCUUCACAGUAAAAUAUAUCCAGCUUCACAAAACGAUCUCAAAUCAUCAUUGGAUAGAAACUUUGAUAUUGACACUUCGGCUGAUAUGCAAGACACCAUUCAAAUACUGGAUCAGUAUAAAUCUCAAGUGGAUAUAUACACACUGCAAACACCUACAACAUCCGCAGUCAACCUAACAAACAAACAAACCUACACGAAUUCAUCGCCUAAUAAAUCAAUAAUGAAGAAACCUGGAACAAGCUCGCCCAAAAAAGUUGCAUUUACCGCAACUGAUCCAAAAAUUUAUCAGUAUGCUCAAGGACAACAGGAAACUGGCAAUGAACCACAACAAAGUAUCAACCAGUUGGCGCUUCAAAAACCAAUUACCCACGUUUGGGACCAGCCGCAUCCACCUUCCGAGGAUGAAAGUUUAGCUUCUCCACCGCCACCACCCCCUCCUCAUACAAGCAAACCAACUUUUGCCCAACUCUUGAAUGGCGAACGAGGAAGUCCAGAAAAGGGGAAAAAACUUCAAGCCGUACCAUUACAUGAAAAGGUUACCCCAGAAUCAGAUGAAGAAUAUGAUUUGGAUGCUCGAUUACAGGAGUUGGAAUUGGCGUCAAAGAACAAGACAACUGAAAAUAUUCAUCAUUUAUCACUCUCUUUACAAACUCCCAAGUUUCAAAUGGAGAACCCAUUGGAUUCUUUACAAAAAUCACCAGAUGUACAAUUACGAUCGUCUGGAUCGUCGCAAUCUUCUCUUCAAUCGUUGCGGGAUGAUAACAGAAGUUUGAACUCAGUGCCAGGGUCACCUACAAAAGCCAACCGCGGACUUGCAUUGCGUGAUGGUAUCAAAGGAUUAUCUGAUGCCGCUGUGGAAUCAAUGUUGCCCAGAGACGAAUCUGAGGACGCCUUGUACAUGAACCUUUCCAAUAGCAAACUAGAUUUACAUGCACAACCGGAAUCGCAUUUGGAUUCUUUUGACAAUUCAUACGAUCGGACUGAGCAGUCGAUUAUGAACUUGCUUAAUAGUGCCUCGGCAUCUCAAGUUGGGCUUCAUAAUGUCCCACAAGAAAAAGAAGUGGUAAUAAAAAAGGAGAAGGUGCAACAUGAGUCGAUGAUAACACAAGAAAGGGAUGAGGUUCGUGUGAAGAUAGAAAAAGACAUUAAUGGACAAGACUUUGCAUCUGAAGAAGAGCAAAUUUUAAUAAAACAAGAAAAACUUCGAGAUGACGAAUUGCUUGAGCCCCAAGUUCGUGUUGUUGUAAAGAGGGAGUCCAAUGAAGCUUUACAACUGCAUGCUCCAACUGGAUUUGGUAAUCAAGUGCGGGAACGCGAGUCAAAUGAUACAACACAACGUACACAAGACGCCAUGAACAGAGACCACCAUUCAAGAUUGAAUAAUGAUAUAACGGGUCGUGGUGAGUCACAGCCACAAGAAUGCAUGGAGAAACAUCGGCCACAUACUGCCACCAAACAAACAUCUCACAACGAAACUUUGGAAAAUGCAAACUUAGAGGAGGAGUCCAUGAUGUCAAUCAGAUUUCACACAGACAGUGGUUGGAAACUAGAGGAUAGUAAUGAUGGAGAUCGAGAAGAUAAUGACGAGAAUAGCAAAGUUCUUGAUCAAUCAAACUUGCUCGAGGAUGAUCCUUCUCACACUUCGUCGAACGAAGAGUUUGCAGACGCAUCGAAUGAACUCAGCCAGGCCCUUGAAGGACCAAUGCAGGGAGGUGUCAAGAAGGACGGAGUUCUUAAGAGUUUGGCACCACCAAGAGCCAUCGAUGAAGCUAUUGACGCAACUCACGGUCCAAAAGAUGGUGAUACCAUUUUGGCCAACUCGUCGAAUAUUGCUGAUGCAAAUGAGGAUAUUACUUUGCCACCGAUCGAAACCAACAAUUACUCCUCCUUAGAAGAUGUGACUAGGAAUAUGGACUCGGUGUCUAGUUUUGAGCAAAUGUUAUCGGCAGAGAAGGAUGUUGUGAAGCCGAAACCUGACAACUUUUUAUCCAUCUGGCAUAGUCAACGCAACCAGAAAAAGAAGCAGAUGCACAAGGUGCCUACACAGCAACUAAUAGCUGCUUACAAAGAGGAUCAAGACCAACUUAAGCGAGCAAUGUCAACUGAUAAAGUCAGAAUCCCCUCCUCGUUGAGUGGGAAAAAAAUCAAGGAGGUGAAUGUCAUGUCGAGGCGAGUGGUUAGCCCUGACAAUUUUGAUGAUUUACAUUUGUCGGGAUUCUUGCCUGAACUUUCUAGAGAUUCUGGGUUUAAUGAUUUACAUUUUACCAAUCAGUCGAGGGUUUCUUCGGCACAGCUUAGUAAUUCUAACGUGCUUUCAAACAUUGACAAUAAUCCGAAUGUUGUGGAACCACCACAACCUGGAUCUUACAAUAGUCAAAGGCAAAGUAGAAGAUUAUCUUCUUCCAGCAGCGGCCAUUUACAAAGAGCUUCAACUGCCGGUUCAGCUGCCACCCCUGCAAGUGGUGCGAAACGGUCGAGAUUUAGAGUACCCACUUUUGAAAUCAAACGAUCCUCCUCCGUGCUAUCUCCCAAGAACAUGUACGACGACAUAUUUGAGGAUGUUGUACCCAGAAAGCCGCCAACUAUCAGAGCUGAAGGUAUGAAGACUUUGCCAAGUAUGGAUAAAGAUGACGUCAAGCGAAUUCUCUCUACAAGAAAAGGUAUGACACAGGAUGAAUAUGCUAAUGCCAAGUUUGUUGAACAGAAACCGAAAAAGAACUCAAUUGUCACUGAAGCUGAGCAUGGAGAUCAACAUAUUCCACAAACUGCAUCCAUCCAUGAUGCAAAUACCGAUUCUUCGCCUCGUCUCCCACCCUCAUUGGGUGCCGGUGCCGAUGUCUUUCCUUAUCUUGUGGAUGAGCUUAACAAGUCUCCAAGUGAAUUGAUGUCAAAAACCCAGCCUGGUAAUGCAGAUUAUCCAACAAGGACUGGUUCAGUACUUGUACACAAGAAAUCGGCAUUGCCUGAGCCCGAGUUUGAAUUCGACACUUCACCGCAUACACCGCAUACACCGCAUCACACUCAGAGUGGAGUUGAUGAGUUGGAUACUGCUGUGUCAUUGAACUACUUGCACAAGGAGAAUUUGUCACCAAGAUCGACAAGGCAGGAGCUUGACUCGAAGCCUGCUGCAAAAGAAAUACCACAACCCUCAUCGUUACUGGAGCCCGUAGUGGAGGCUAAAUUUGACCCAAAUGUGCGCCCUGUGGUUGCCAAGCCAAAUAUUUCUUCUGGUGCACCUUCGACUCCCGUUAAGAGAAUCCUGAAAGAUUCUCACUCUCCAAUGUCAAAGAAGAGCUCACCUAGAAAGAGUCCAAUUAAGAUUGGCUCACCUGUCAAGCUUGUGAAAAAGAAUGGAUCAAUCACUGGUAUUGAGUUGGCUGAGAGACACCAAUUCCAUGAUCUAGUCAAAGUUGCAGAUGAUAAACCGAACUUGCGAAAUGAUGAAUUAGUCAAUGCCAAAAUUAGAGACAACGUCAAUCAAGAAAAGUGGGUUCCCGAACAUAAAUCGAAUAUGCCAAGUGCUGUAUCAGUUCCAUCUGAAUUUUCGGAUUCCAAGAGUCAAACACAUGAUGGGGUGCACCAGCGUCACAGAUCUGAUCCGAGGGUUAUUGAUGAUGAGCAUCCAGAUGUUGCUUGGCAGGAGCGUGGUAGGUUAUUUUUCCGUGUUCUUGGAUUGAAAAAUAUCAAUUUGCCAGAUAUGAAGUCCCACAAGGGUAAAUUUACCAUUUCGUUGGAUAAUGGUGUUCAUUGCGUCAAGACACCUGAGUAUGAUUUGGAUAAGAGUUUGGUUACCAUUGGUAAAGAAUUUGAACUCAUUGUCGGUGACUCUUUGCAAUUUAUCAUGACGAUGAAGGCCAGUUACACUAAACCAAAAGGUACAUUAGUUGAAGUCAGAGAAAGGAAAGUUGUUAAAUCCAAGAAUAGAAUUGGUCGUUUGUUUGGAUCGAAGGACAUCGUCACCACGACUAGGUACGUUCCUAGUAAGGUUGAAGAUACAUGGGCAAACAAAUUGGCUACUGAUGGAUCAUUUGCUAGGUGUUAUGUCGAUUUCGCUCAAUUUGAACCACAAGUGACAGGUAUAGUGCAAAGAUUUGAUUUGAGUUGUUUCAACGAGUGGGAAACCAAAGCAAAUGGAAACAGUAACGGUUCCCAAUCCAAUCAAAGGUUGAAGCCAUACAAAAUUGCUGAUUUGGAAGUUGAAAUGUUUUUCAUCCCCCGUUCCGAUCCCCAUGAGGUGUUACCAACUAGUAUCAAAUCGGCAUACCAGUCAUUAGCUGAGUUGAGUAAAGAGUCGAAUUUGACCAACGAAGGAUACUUGUAUCAAGAAGGUGGAGAUUGCGAGAUUUGGAAACGCAGAUGGUUCAAACUUUAUGCAACAUCAUUGGUUGCCCAUUCGGAAUUCAGUCAUAAGACGAGAGCCAAGAUCAAUUUGAACAAGAUUAUUGAUGUGAUGUACGUUGAUAAGGAGAACUUGCAUAAUUCGAAGCAUCGUAAUUUCAGCGAUGUUCUUCUUGUUGAGCAUUCAUUCAAGAUUAAGUUUGCCAAUGGUGAGAUUAUUGAAUUUGGUGCUCCAAAUGGCCACGAAAUGAAGCGGUGGGUUAAUAUAUUGGAGAGCAUUGUACAACGGAAUAAGAUAAGAAGGCAGCCUUGGAUCAAUGUGAUGAUGAAGCAACAAAUUGGACAGUGA